AACCAAAUUCUUCAAUUCUUUACUCUCUCUCUACUUCUUGAAUCUCCGGCCAACACACGUUUUACAAGAAACCCAUCUCUUUAUAAGUUAUAACCCCCCUUCAUCUUCUUCCAUCAAUCUCAUCACUUUUAUUUCUCCUCCAGCCAUGGAAAAUCUCAGAAAGCUAGUUCUAUUCACGACAGCGAUCUGUUUCAUCGUCAUUUCAACUCCCGUCGCCGCUAAUGACCCCGACAUGCUUCAAGAUCUCUGCGUCGCCGAUCUCAACUCAACUAUCAAGGUAAAUGGUUACCCAUGUAAAUCAGCAUUCAAUGGUUCAGAUUUCUUCACAGAUGUCUUGUCUAAACCAGCACCUACGAACAACACAAUGGGUGCAACUGUUACUUUAGCCAAUGUUCAAAAGAUACCUGGUUUAAACACCCUAGGUGUCUCCAUGGCUCGAGUUGAUUAUGCGGUUGGUGGGUUAAACCCACCGCACAUCCACCCACGAGCCACUGAGAUUGUUUAUGUUCUUGAAGGAGAAUUAGAUGUGGGUUUCAUUACAACAGCUAAUGUGCUUAUUGCUAGGACAAUUAAGAAAGGAGAAGUGUUUGUAUUUCCUAGAGGAUUGGUUCAUUUUCAGAAGAAUAAUGGGGAUGUGCCGGCGGUGGCUAUUGCCGGAUUUAAUAGUCAACUUCAGGGAACUGCAUCGAUUGGUGUUACUUUAUUUGGGUCUAAUCCGCCGGUGCAGGAUGAUGUUUUGACUAAGGCUUUUCAGAUUGGAACAAAGGAAGUGAAGAAGAUCAAGUCUAGGUUUGCACCCAAGAGUUAGAUUGAUUUAUUUUUAGAAAAAUUCAGAUUUGUUUUCUUGGACCUGAAUUGUUACAAUUGUGUUUGUUUUCACUGGUGUAUUAUUGGGUAUAAUUUUAAAUAAAGAACUUCUAAUGUU